GAAGAGCGGCUACGACCCUGAGGGAUUUCCCUACUGCCCAUCUGACAAGCACAGCGAGCUGGAGCAGCUUACAACAGAGCUGGAUAUCGCAGCCUUCAUUGAGAACCAGAGGCCUGUGAAUUGCUACAUGCACUCAGAGUCCGAUUAUCAGCUUUACCAGUGGCUCUCAGCUGACACUGGCGGCAUUGCCUACUUCGGCUAUGCGUACUACACCACGUAUGCAAAUCAACUCACAGUCGCACGAAUUGCCAGCGAUGCUUUCAAAGGUGUCAAGGACACGGCAGAUGCGAAGGUUGAGCCAUCAACUUACACUAUCACGGACGGCUCCUACAGCGUGUAUAAGCGCCGGCUUUUCAUGAACGUCGACAACGAGGCGUGGGAUCGUGUGCACCCUUAUCUCGCCUACGGCUUCAGUUCUGCUGGCCAGUCUCUGGUGGCUUCUGUAGGCUAUGUUGCAGUCAACGCUGCCUUGCUCGCCAAGAUGCAGAUCAG